GUAGAGAUAUAUUGAAACGAAAUAUAUUACAAAACAAAUGACCGAACAAAUCUCUAAUAAAUCGGUUUCGCGUACUCCAACGCAAAAUAUAAAUCAUAAUGAACAAAAUGCAACUCCUGCGAAGUCCAGGAGUGUUAAAGGUUUAGGAGCAAGGAAUAAAACGUCACGCCGUUCUGAAGCCUCUGGAGCAGAGCAUCAGGAUCACCAGAAUUCAACAGAGAAUGCAGAAAAUGGAAUCAGCGAAGAAGAAACUUCAACAAGGAAAAAACCUCUAGCACCCAAGGAACCAGCUAUUGUUUACACUGACGUAAACGGAGUAGAAGUAACAAAGAAACUCGUUCACGCUGUUCAGGACAAGUUAAGUAAAGAAGAAAAGCACUCACUGCGGGAACUGGAAGAAUAUAUGGUUACAGAAGGAGGAGCCUGGGCUUUGGGGGCAGCACACCUGGACCUGAUUGGAAAGAUCCUCUUGGAUAAAAAGUGGCCUGUAGAAGUGAAGAUAUUAACCCUCUGUUUGAUCCAAGCUGCAGCCUUUAAAGACGAUGUUAUUCUUUUGUUAUAUCAGGACAGGAAAGAUCAUUACAUCAUGCGAUAUGUCACUAGUAUAGAAUACUUGAGCUUUGAAGAACAGGAGAAUGUUGCAAAAUUAGUAGGCUUUUUUUAGCUGUUUAUAUAAUAAAUGACAACAUCUGUUAGUGUUAUCAUGGUUUAGCAUAUAUGAUAUAGGAUGAACCAAUUAUAAAACCUGUUUUAUCAACUUACGAUGGCAACAUUUUUUUUUGUUCUUUUGUUGGUGGACUUUUUUCAGUUAUCUGGUGAAAAUAAUUCAGUCCAUGUAAAUGAUAAAAAAUUAGAUUAUCUCUUCCUUAACUUUUUUGCAAACUGCUUUCACUGUACACAGUUGUAGGCCACCUGUACAAAUGACACUAACUGCACUACACUAACGUAAAUAAUAAACUUAAUUGUACCACUUCAGAAUUGAAACUAAAAACUCUAACAGCUAUAAACGACUCUGCUAUCUUGAAGUAAACUCUUUUUGACAAUCACUUAAGUAUCUUCUCAACUGCCUUAUCGAUACUUCGCUAAACUUUGUAUUUAUAAUCUACCCUGGAACAUACUACAAAGCCUGAUGACGUCAAAUCUAGACCUAUUUGACCUUAACGUCAUGCGCUCUCUAGCUAACAAAUAGGUUACGACA